GCAAGGCGCAGCACCAUGGGCUGGGGCUGGGGGUUGCUGGCGCUGCUGGCGCUGGCCGGGCCUGGGCGCUGUGGCCCGCUGCUCCUGCCCUUCGGGGCUGAGGGCGGCGAUGCGGAGCUGGAGGCCGGGGACGACGUGAGCUCCCCGGUCCUGGAGCUCAGCGCCCCGCUGCAUUUCUACGGCUCCGCCGUCCACUCCCUGCACGUUGCCACUAAUGGAAUCAUUGGAAUGAACAAACCGUCAAAAGAAGAAAAAUACCUUGGUCAAUUCCCAAUAAGUUUUGGGGCUAUUGCUCCUUUUAUGGCUGAUCUGGACACUACUGGUGGACAUGGGAAGGUGUUUUAUAGAGAAGAUUCAUCCCCUGAUGUCUUGCAGCUUGCUGUCAGCUAUAUCCAAAGAGGUUUUCCAGAAGUCGCUUUUGAUCCGAUUAGUGUUGUCAUUGUUACCUGGGCACGUGUGGCUCCUUACCGUACUCCUAGUGAAGAUGCUAUUCUGGAAGACAAGAGAAACACAUUCCAGGCUGUUUUAGCCUCUUCUGAUUCCAGUUCCUAUGCUGUUUUCCUUUAUCCAGAAGAUGGUUUGCAGUUCUGGAGUACACACUCCAAGAAUGCCAAGGAAAAGGUUCCUGCUACUGUUGGCUUUAGUCAGGCAUCUACAAACUACCUACUCUGGGAAAAACUGGGAUCCUACAACAUAGUUGCUCAUGAUGAAGAGUCCAUCAGAAGCCUGUACAAAAGCAGCAAUAUUGGAAAGCCAGGAGUAUGGGUGUUUGAGAUUGGUAGCUCAUCUAUCAUCCUGCCUACCAAGGUCAGCAGCAGUCCAGAAAGUUUGGAGUAUAAUGACUAUGAAGAAUAUCAAGAGGUGACUUCAGAACCAUCUGUAUCAUACUAUAACUCAGCUGAAACAGGCCAACAACAUGUAACAUAUGAUGUUCACAGAAAAGGCGGCGAUCAACAGCAUAUUUCCUAUGGAGUUCCUCAGUCAGCUACAGAAGAAGACUUGAAGUCUUCAGUUGUAACUGGGAUCCCUCCAAUAGAGUCCUCUUUCAAUCGUCAGGCAGAUUUCCCCACUGGGAAAACACCACCUGACCCGUUUCAAGUCCAGAGGUUCUACCAACAGCAACCCCAAGUUAUAGAUGUGGAAGAAUUUGAUGAAACAGGGAUUGUAUUCCGCUACAAUACAGAUGUCCAACAGACCUGUGCUAACAACCGCCAUCAGUGCUCCAUUCAUGCCGUUUGCAAAGACUAUUCAAAUGGGUUUUGUUGCAGUUGCAUUGCUGGUUACAAAGGGAAUGGCAGGCAAUGUGUAGCAGAAGGUUCUCCUCAGCGAGUCAAUGGGAAAGUCAAAGGAAGAAUCUUUGUUGGGAGUAACCCAGUGCCAGUUGUGUUCGAGAACACUGACCUCCAUUCCUAUGUUGUGAUGAAUCAGGGGCGGGCCUACACUGCUAUCAGCACAAUCCCAGAAACACUGGGUUAUUCUUUGCUUCCCCUUGCCUCUGUUGGAGGUAUCAUAGGAUGGAUGUUUGCUGUGGAACAGCAAGGAUAUAAAAACGGAUUCAGUCUUACUGGUGGUGAGUUUACACGACAAGCUGAAGUUAUCUUCCUUGGCAAUAAUGAGAAGCUGGUUAUCAAGCAGAAGUUCAAUGGAGUUGAUGAGCAUGGCCAUCUUACAAUCAGCACAGAAAUGGAGGGUAGAAUUCCUGAGAUCUCAUUUGGUGCAUCAGUUCAUAUAGAGCCAUACACUGAGCUCUAUCAUUCUUCUACAUCUGUGAUCACUUCAUCAUCUACCAGGGAAUACACAGUGACACCACCAGAAAGAGAUGGCUCUUCUUCCAGCUACACUGCUGCCUACCAGUGGCGACAGACCAUCUCGUUUGAUGAAUGUAUCCAUGAUGACUCGCAUCAUCCUGUUUCUGCAACACAGCAGCUAUCAGUGGACAGCAUUUUUGUCCUGUAUAACAAAGAUGAACAAAUUCUACGUUAUGCUAUGAGCAACUCCAUUGGCCCAGUUAGUGAUGGUUCUGCUGAUAUUAACCGGAAUCCUUGCUAUACCAAUACCCAUGAUUGUGAUAGCAACGCAGUAUGUCGCCCAGGAACAGGAAACCAGUUCUCCUGUGAAUGUUCUGUAGGCUUCCAGGGAGAUGGACGUUUUUGUUACGAUAUUGAUGAGUGCUCAGAGCAACCAACUGUAUGUGGCAGCAAUGCAGUCUGUAAUAACCAACCGGGAACUUACCGAUGUGAGUGUGUUGAUGGCUAUCAGUUUUCAGCUGAUGGACGGAGUUGUGUGGCAGUCGAACAUGUGAUAAACCAUUGCCUGGCAGGCACACACAACUGUGAUAUUCCUCAGCGUGCCCAGUGUACAUAUGUUGGUGGGUCAUCGUUCAUCUGUUCCUGUCUCUCUGGCUUCUCUGGAGAUGGACGUGCCUGUGUAGAUGUAGAUGAAUGUCAACAGAACCGCUGUCACCCAGAUGCUUUCUGCUACAACACUCCAGGGUCCUUCAGAUGCCAGUGCAAGGCAGGUUAUCGCGGGGAUGGUUUCCAGUGUGUGUUAGGAGAAGUGGAGAAAACCAAAUGCCAGCAUGAACGAGAACUGGCUUUGGGCUCUCUCAUCCCCAGAGGGUCCAGACCUGUUGGUGAUUUUAUCCCACAGUGUGAUGAAUAUGGGAAUUACAAACCAACCCAGUGCCAUUCCGGCUCUGGGUACUGUUGGUGUGUGGACAGUUAUGGGAAUGAGAUUGAUGGCACAAGAUCUGGUCCAGGAAUCCGACCCCCAUGUCUGAGCACAGCUGCUCCUCCAGUUGUUAUUGGGCCCUCUGUUCGACCAGAUUCAAUUCCUCUGCCCCCAGGAACACACUUACUCUUUGCCCAAAGUGGAAAGAUUGAACAUGUCCCACUGGAGGGGAAUAAUAUGAAGAAAGCUGAUGCAAAAGCUUUGCUAUAUGUUCCAGAUAAAGUUGUUAUUGGAGUUGCAUAUGACUGCAAGGACAAGAUGGUUUAUUGGACAGACAUCAGUGGCCCUUCCAUCAGUCAAGUCAGUCUGCAUGGUGGGGAGCCAACAGCCAUCAUCAAAACAGAUUUGGGAAGUCCUGAAGGAAUAACAAUAGACCAUCUAGGUCGCAACAUCUUCUGGACUGAUUCGCAACUUGAUAGAAUAGAAGUGGCACGCCUGGAUGGUAACCAGCGUCGUGUGCUGUUUGACAGUGAUUUGGUGAACCCCAGAGCUAUUGUAGCAGAUGCUGUGAGAGGAAAUCUUUACUGGACAGAUUGGAACAGAGAUGCUCCAAAAAUUGAAACCUCAUACAUGGAUGGCACAAACAGAAGAAUUCUUGUAAAGGAUGAUCUUGGAUUACCAAAUGGGCUGACAUUUGACAUUUACUCAUCAAUGCUGUGCUGGGCAGAUGCAGGCACCAAGAAGUUGGAAUGUAUGAACCCCAGUCAGCCUGGUCGACGAAAGGUCCUUGAAGGAAUCCUGUACCCUUUCAGCAUUACAAGCUAUGGGAAGAAUUUGUAUUACACAGACUGGAGGAGGGAUGCUGUUGUAGCUGUGGAUCGCACAGUUUCAAAAGAGAAUGAUAACUUCCAGCCCCACAAACGUUCCCGUCUCUAUGGAAUAACUACAGCCUUGGCUCAGUGUCCACCAGGACAUAGCUAUUGUGAAGUGAAUAAUGGAGGCUGUACUCAUCUGUGCCUGACCACCCCAGCAGGCCGCUCUUGCCGCUGUCCUGAUAACACUGUUGGAGUGGAUUGUAUAGAACAAAACUGAGAGCUAGCACACAGAAUGUGUUAGAGCUGCAGUGUCCUCUUGGAAAUGUACUGUAAAUAGUUCACAGCUAUCAACACAGUGAAGACCCUUCAUGAUAAGUUCUCCAUGCUGCUGACAGGGAGCAAGCCACAACACACACAUACACAUGCACAUGCGUGCACACACGUACAUGCACACACUGGUGGCAUUCAGCCAAGUGUGUAAUGCCCAGUACUUUCUUCCUGCAGUUAAAGAUGAAGUUGGGAUCCAGCUGAACCUUAGCUGGCUGGACUGUAGGCCAGUAACUCCUGAGUGAAUUUAUUAGGUAUAGGAUUGUAUGGGAUUGUAUGGCAUAAGAUUGUAUACAUUCACACUGCUCAUUCAGACCAUUACUUUGGCUGUUAAUUUUAUUAGAAAAAACCUUAAUAAGUAUGCUCUAGCAUACAGUAGGCAGCGUUCCCUCUAAGCUGUGCGGUGUGCGCGGGCACACAGGCACGCCUGGCAGUGCAGCAUGAGUGUGCCUGUUUAGCUGUGCACACCACACAGCUUAAAGGGAACACUGACAGCAGACUCCUCCACCAGCUCAUGUUGUCUUUUCAUACUCUGUGAGCUUUUCUGUUAAAACAAGCUCUAGUGGGUGUUGUGCAACUUUCACUGGAUUUUUUCCAGAAAGCCUUAUUUUUUGUGUCUGGCAAAUAGCUUUUUUAUAUCCUCAGAGCUGAGAGUCUAAAUACAAA